AUGCAGCGGCUUCCAAUGAUCGCACUACCCUACUCCAUGUCCGCAGGUUUCCCAGGUGAAAGUUCAACAUCAUCCAAAACACUUGUGCCCUUACGCAAUAUUGAGGCCAUCUUGACAACCAGGACUCACAAUCCGGUAACUGUACCCUUUCCUACCGGCUGGCCAGCAGCAGGCUGCCAACUCUUGCGUGCACCAAGAAAUGCAUAG